AUGGAUUCUAGAGACGCCGGAGAAUCAUAUCAGAGCAAGUUCAAAGGUAUCCGACGCCGGAAAUGGGGAAAAUGGGUUUCAGAGAUUAGGGUUCCGGGAACUCGCCAACGCCUCUGGUUAGGUUCUUUCUCCACUCCCGAAGGCGCCGCCGUAGCCCAUGACGUUGCUUUUUACUGCUUGCACCGCCCUUCUUCACUCAACGACGAAGCUUUUAACUUCCCUCACUUGCUCCCACCUUCCCUCGCCUCCAACACUUCUCCUAAGUCCAUCCAAAAAGCUGCCUCCGACGCCGGCAUGGCCGUAGAUGCGGGAUACAACGUUAACAACGACGGCGGGAGCGGUGGCGGCGAAGAUAGAUCUUCAACCGCGUACAGGGAGGAAGACAGCGAACGGGAAGCGUUGAGCAUCUCCGUUUACGAUUAUUUGGAAGAAGAUCCCGUAUGA